GCAAUUGUUCGCCCCAAUGAUUCAGCAGUGGAAUAAUCGGCAUGCAUUUAGGGUCGACGCUUAUCCCCGACAAGAAGGCCUAUUGAGUUUUAACUCGGACUACAUGGUCUGGUAUAGGCGAAAGACAAAGAUGUUUGUUGACCCAGAAAAUGCAAAGACGGCUACAUUGGGUGAAGUUGCAGAGGCAUUACAAUACAUGGUGUCUCCUCAAGGGAGGAAAACAUGCACAUUUGAUGAUCUCGUGCCUUAUGUGGAAAAAAUUACAAUUUUAUCCGAAGAGCAAGAGAGAGUCACUGAGCCAGUGUCACAUGGUCCCGCAUCAGAGCGUCAAUUUCCCGCACAACAGUUUCACAUGCUUCAGUCAAGUAUUGAAACUCAGGGGAUAGACAGAAGAAGGGACACUGUUGAAGCGGAAGAAUAUUCCCAACAAAUGGCGGAGCGUGGCCAUGGAAUGUAUUACACGCCACAAACAUUUGCUGAGUAUCCGACACAGAUGUAUCAGUAUCCUUUUCAGGGUCAUGACACUGAUACUUCUGCAACCCAGCAUUCGUUCGGUGGUUUUGCGGAAACACAAGCUCAAUUUUCAUGGCCCACAAUGACCCCUUCACAGCAAUAUCAUGGGCCAAUUCCAACACCUAAUGCCCCGUUAGGAACACAAUGGAAUGUACCGGGACAAAUACCUAAUACAGGUGACUUAUUCGGUGUUGAUUUGCGUAACGCAUUUUAUGCGGAGGCUGACGAAGAAGAAGCGGGGAGAGUCACAGAUAUAUUAAGCAAGAGUGUCCCGCAGGCAGUACUGGCGGCACCAAAGUGUCCCGCAGACAGUACUUGCGGCACCACCCUCUCUCACCUGUACCGCAAACAGCUUUGGCGGCACCCACCCUACCCACCCUCUCUCACCUGUCCCGCAGAUGCCAUCAGCGGCACACCCUCACCCCUCUCUCCUACUCAGCACAUGUCCCGCAACUGGGACUAG